AUGGAAAACGUUGAAUAUACUCUUGAGGACUUUGGUACAUGGAAAGUGGUCGCCUUGAAAGAGUUCUUGUCAAAACGGGCAUUAAAAAUCGAGGGAAAUAAAGCUACGUUAGUCGCUCAUGCCUUUGCUGCUUGGGAGAUGCAAGUCCCUAUUUCAAACACUUCAGUACAGCGUGAAGCUGAAAUAAAUGCAGCAUAUCAGACCCUCCUAACGGUGGAUUUGGGUAGCUCUUCGGUAGUUCUACCUGAUCCUUUAAAAGAAGUGUCUGCUUGGAUAACAGAAAACGAAGGAAUCAAGGACUGGCCUCCGAUUUACUUUAAUGACAUCUGCGUGUUUAUCCUAAGCAAGCACCCUGGUAAAGAUGUUGGAAUGCGUCAAAGGAUGCUCAACGAGUAUAAAGAAGGCAAAGCAUUUCGUUAUUUCGACAAUAACUGGUUAAAAGAAGUUUUUUUUUACCCCAUCAAGGACACAGGCUAUUGCUUUUUGAAAGCGGAUUGCACCCCUUCUAUGCGCCUCAGUCAUUUGCCACAUCAAGUUUGGGUUUGUGCCCAUAAAACAAAGGGUGAUAUAAAGUCUGCAUAUUGCACUUGUACUGCAGGGUGAGUAGAAUUUAUAUUGACCUAUAUAAUAUAGGUUUUGUGCAUAACAAUAAUGCAGCAAUAGCAGUGGGCUAUUCCAUUUAACCCCCCCCCCCCUAUUGAUUAAAGCACUUAAGAUUUACCCCUCAGAAAAAGAUCAAAGUGCUGACAUAUACACCCCCUCAGAAAAGGCAGAAUUGUUUUCCAAACCCUUCAGAAAUUUUGGAGAUCAAAGGAUGCUGACAGAGUGAACCCCGCAGAAAUUGCUUUCAUGAGACCCCUAAUCAAUAGGGGGGAUGGACAUUAAAUGGAAUGCCCUAAUAUGGUUGUGUAUAGAGAUGUUUCUGGAGACAGUGUAAAUUUUUUUUUUGCAUUCACAAAAUGUUUCUGAAAUGGUGUAUUUUCUAUACUUUAGACUUGGCGAGACCUGUAACCAUGUUGCUGCUCUGUUGUAUCGAGUGGAAGCUGCAGCUAGACUUGGUGUGACAAAUCAGCCAGCAUGCACAUCCCUUCCCUGCAAAUGGACACCACCAAGCAAGAAGACAAACGUUAACCCCAAAAUG